GUUCCCUUUGCGGUUGCAGCGGAGCACUUGUCGAAGCACAUCCUUAGCGGAGCAUUUCAGCUUUUCACGUCCGGUCGAUUGGUCAACUUUCACCCUGAACAUCCCGAUCAAUUCGGCAAGGCGCCUCAACCGCCUCGAGUAGGCAAAGCCGCUACUAAAAACCUUCCUCCGCAGAUGGGGGACCUGCGUCUGCAUCUAGGACCGCUGCAGAACUGCUAUUCGGGUACUCACGCACUUCUCACCAUGAUACAUAAUAACUGAACUGUAUCAUUUUUCUCAACUAUUACUUACAUACUACAUCAAAAAGGUGAACUGUAUCAUAAUUUUUUUCAACUAUAAUUACAUACUACAUCAAAAAUCCUAUCCGCUCCCGCUCUUACUUGUUCCUUGAUGUAGUUAUCCUUAUCCCGCAUCCAGGUCCCGCUUUUUUCCCUCUCUUAACGACGAAGGUGGAAGGAUUUGAAGGAUGUUUGGACUAUGUCUUUUAUUGGUGUGGAGACCGUGACUAUCUUGUGCGAGAGGCCCUGUUGGACGUGCCUUAUACGAGUGAAAGCAUGAUUCCCAAUGAGAAGCAUCCAUCAGACCAUUAUCCAGUAGGCGUCAUAUUUCGACUCUACAGAAGUACUUCGCAUGGUGGUGGAGGUAGUGUUGCUGCUGAGAAGUAGAUGAACAACAAUAGACGAAUAUGAUGUUGAAUAUUUAUAGCAACUACUAAGCCUUCAUGGCUUAACUCCAAUUAUCUGCUCUCUGUCGUAUGUUGGUUUCGAAGUAGUAGUUCUAGUAACAUGUGUGGUCGUGUAUUACCACUACUUCUGCGAACAACGAAUCGUGACAUUGUCCUGUUGUGCCCCUGAAGUUUCUGGAGUAGACUUCACCAUUAAAUAUUCCACACGAAAAGCAUAUCUUCUUCACACAUUAACUGAUCUUCAGUUUCAGUCUGCAUCAUUUCAGUUUAGCUAAUUAUCCACUUACACAGCUUACAACAUGCUCAACAUGGUCAUCGGAAGCCUCAUUCAUAUGAUCGACUAUUCUCAUAGGAUCUACUAUAAUAUGGGAUCUUCCGCAACAUCCUUGUGAAUUUCGAAAUUCAAUUUUUCUAACACUGUCUUUUAUUAAGUGUUGAGAGCCAAAGUGACUCUGGUAGUAACUAUGUGUGCAUCAAAUUACGUGUGAGAGCAUCACAGAAAACUUUAAUGCGUCCCCAACUUGUUUUUCUACCCUCCUACCUCUGACUUGUUGUACGUUACGAGAUCAUGAGUUCAUGCUGAAGACUUUUUUUUUCCAGUGAAAGAAUUUCGUACUAGUACAGCAUUCAUUUCUGCCUUUAGCUUUACU